AUGAGACAUGGGCUUGCUGCUUUCGACCCGGAUGGUAGCAAACGUUUUGAAGCAACCGCUACCAUCUUGAGCCAACAAAAUAACGAGCUGGACGAGCAGCUUAAUGUGUUUCAGAGCAGGCUGGUUGCAUUUGCAAAAGACCACAACGCAGAGUUGAAAGGGAAUGCAGACUUUAGAAUGAAGUUCAUCAAGAUGUGUACAUCCAUUGGAAUUGAUCCCAUCUUCCUAUUCGACAAGGAACGACACUUGUUUGACGUCAAUGACUUUUUCUACGAGAUCUGCGUCAAAGUGAUCGAAAUAUGCAGGAGGACCAAAGAUCUCAACGGCGGUGUGAUUUCGUUUGAUGAGUUGCAUAAAGGCUAUUUUGAGUUAUACAAGGUUGACAUGAACGAUCUGCAAAAAGCUGUGAAAAUGCUGGACAUUUUGGCGGGUGGAUUUCAGACAUUCACCAUUAAUAACAAAAAAUACCUCAGAAGUGUCCCUAACGAACUGACUAAUGAUCAUACUAAGAUCUUAGAAGUUUGUGCGAUUCUAGGUUACGCGAGUAUACCUCUUCUUAAGCUCAAUCUGGACUGGCGGCCAGUGAGAAGCGACGCUGUAUUGAAGGAAAUGGUAGCGAAAGGGAUUUUGUGGGUCGACAAUCAAGCUAAAGGAGAAACGCUUUACUGGGAUCCAGCAUGGAUCGUGCGAUCAAACCCAGAAUAA